AUGCAUGCCAAUCUAGUGAUUGGUACUGUGCGACGACAUUGGACCUACUUGAUAUCGUUACUUCUAAUUGUCGUCAUUUAUCAUGUUUACCGAUGGGGUACCGCACAGUUACAAAUACCAACCAUUAUCGUUAUCACACCCACACAUAAGCGACCCGAACGACUCGCCGAUAUGACCAGAUUCUCACAAACAAUAUCGCACGUUAGCAAUUUGCAUUGGAUUGUAAUCGAAGAUUCGAAUCACACGGUCGACGCUGUUGAGAGGAUAUUGCAACGUAGUGGUCUGCCGUAUGUUUAUUUCUUUACGACCACUCAGCCGGGAUUUCCAAAGCGUGGUUGGACACAUCGCAAUCUUGGUCUAUCCUACAUUCGUGAGAAAUAUCGCAAUUACAAGCGACCGGCGGUGUUGUAUUUUGCUGACGACGAUAACAGUUACGAUAUUAGAUUGUUUGAUAAAUACAUUCGAAAGGUCAAAACAAUUGGAGUCUGGGCUGUUGGUCUAUCCGGUGCAGCCGCAGUAGAAGCACCGCAUGUUGUGAACGGUACAAUCGUGAGCUGGGAUGUCGUUUAUGCGCCAAACAGGAAGUUUGCGACCGAUAUGGCUGGUUUCGCGGUGAAUUUGGAGUUAAUCCUCAACUCAAAUGCAACAUUCCAUAAAGGAUGUGCCAAAACCGUUCCUGAAUCAUGCUUCUUGGAACAGUUCAAAAUUCCAAAAGAGAGGAUGCAGCCGUUCGGAUUUGACGAGAAUCCAAAAGAAAUCCUGGUCUGGCAUACAAAAACGCGAAAUAUUGGUACGAAAGGUGGAUCGCAUGGAUAUGUGGUCGAAGGAAAUUGA